CCUUCUCUUCCAUUACAAGAAGAUUUUGUGUACCACUGGAAAGCAAUCACCCACUACUACAUAGAGACGUCAGAUGACAAAGCUCCUGUGACUGAUACCAACAUUCCUUCUCACCUGGAACAGAUGUUGGAUAUUCUAGUUCAAGAAGAAAAUGAGAGGGAAUCAGGCGAAACAGGACCGUGUAUGGAAUAUUUGCUACAUCACAAGAUUUUGGAGACACUCUACACACUAGGAAAAGCUGAUUGUCCUCCAGGAAUGAAACAGCAAGUUUUGGCUUUUUAUACAAAACUUCUUGGAAGAAUACGGCAACCUCUCCUUCCCCACAUAAAUGUGCAUAGGCCAGUGCAGAAAUUAAUCAGGCUGUGUGGUGAAGUUCUUGCAACACCAACAGAAAAUGAAGAAAUUCAGUUUCUCUGUAUAGUAUGUGCAAAGCUGAAGCAGGAUCCAUACCUGGUCAACUUCUUCCUUGAGGUCAUUCAGGAUCCUGUUUUGCACCUUUACAGGAGGCAGAGUAAGUUAAAAGCAAUGGCUGCCAAAGGAUCAGCAAGUGUAAUCACAGAAGACAUGCUGAAAGGCCAAGAGUCUUCAGCAACAGACAUGGGACAGCCCGUUCAGCCUGAAGAAAUACCUGGUGCUGCUGGAGCAGAGCAAAUGGAGAAGGAAGAUGACCUCCUGCAACAGGCAGAUGAUCUCUCUUUCAGUCUGGAUGAACUAAAUGUCACAUCAUCACCUGAGUCCUCUACUGUUUGUCCAAAUCAAGACUAUAAUUUAGUGAAUUCUCUACUAAACCUCACUAAAAGUCCUGAUGGACGGAUAGCAGUGAAGGCCUGCGAAGGCCUCAUGCUUCUGGUGAGUUUGCCAGAACCAGCAGCUGCCAAGUGCCUGACUCAAAGCACUUGUUUAUGUGAAUUGUUGACAGACAGGCUGGCCACCCUCUACAAAGCCCUGCCUCAGUCACUGGAUCCCUUAGACAUUGAAACAGUGGAGGCAAUUAACUGGGGUUUGGAUUCCUAUAGCCACAAAGAAGAUGCAUCUGCUUUUCCAGGGAAAAGAGCGUUGAUUUCAUUUCUUUCAUGGUUUGACUACUGUGAUCAACUCAUCAAAGAAGCACAAAAGACUGCUGCUGUUGCUAUGGCAAAAGCUGUGCGGGAACGAUUUUUCAUUGAAGUUAUGGAACCCCAGCUGAUGCAAACUUCAGAGAUUGGAAUCCUCACAUCAACUGCACUAUUGCAUCGUAUUGUGCGCCAAGUGACUUCUGAUGUCCUGCUGCAGGAAAUAGUUUAUUUCAUACUUGGAGAACACAGAGAGCCAGAAACUUUGACAGACAUCAACAGACAUCCAUUGAGACACAGGUUAAUCGAACACUGUGAUCAUAUUUCUGACGAGAUCAGCAUAAUGACUUUACGAAUGUUUGAGCACCUUUUGCAAAAACCCAAUGAGCACAUUCUUUAUAAUUUGGUUCUGAGAAAUUUAGAAGAAAGAAACUAUAUGGAAUACAAGCCUCUCUGUCAAGAAGAUAAAGAUGUGGUAGAGAACGGACAGAUUGCAGGAGCAGUGUAA